UUAACUCAAAAUAUCGAUAUCACAUUCAACUCAAAAUGUUUAAAAAAUAAAUUUACAAUUUUUUCAUAUAUUUCUUAAUUGAACUUCUUAACAUAUAUUAUAUUUGUCUUCUUUUGGGGAAGAAGGUUAAACAGGAAAAAAAUGGCAGACCAGCUAUCACAGUAACAAUGUCUUAUUUCUUACAAAGUACAUCUUUUCUCCUAAGGUUGAAUAGCACAGAAGCUUUCUGUAUAGUUUUCCUUCGGCCACCAAAUUAUAGACAAAGGGAUCAUAACCCAACGAAGUAGGAAUCAAACUAUAGUUUUUUGGAUCGAUCCAGCCUUAUAGGUUGAGUGCAGAUGCAGUGUCUUGCAGUGAAAUCUGCAAGAAUUUGAUGAAGUCAAACAUGUUUAGCACAAUACAGCUAACUAACAACUUUAUAUUAUACACGGUUCCUCCAUUUUGUUUUAGUCAAAUGAUUCUUCCUCAGAUAUGAUUCAAUAUAUGCACAAUUGACCCGGAAGAUAUGGACCAUAUUGCUACAUUAACCAAAAUCAUGUUGCAGAACUUCUAUAUAACAGUAUCAUUUCAUGGCCAUGAUAACCAACAACCAUUAAUCUUAAAAUGGCCACUACAAGUUCUCUCUCUAUGUCUUUUCCUGGCUUCAAACUAAAACUUUCUCUCACUCUGAUCGCAUGUGUUAUUGGGGUUACUUCAGCUCAGUUAUCUGAUAAAUUCUAUGAAAAAAGUUGCCCUGCUGCUCUUGCCACCAUAAGGAAAGCAGUGAAAGAAGCUGUGCACAAUGAGUCUCGCAUGGGGGCAUCCUUGCUCCGACUCCAUUUCCAUGACUGCUUCGUUCAAGGAUGUGAUGCAUCGGUGUUGUUAGACGACACGGAUACUUUCACUGGAGAGAAGAAUUCGUUUCCAAAUGCUAACUCUCUUAGAGGUUUUGAUGUGAUAGAUAACAUAAAAUCAGAGUUGGAGAGCAUGUGCCAAGGUGUUGUCUCUUGUGCAGACAUCUUAGCUGUUGCUGCGAGAGAUGCUGUUUUUGAACUUGGUGGACCAAGAUGGGAAGUACCAUUAGGCAGAAGAGAUUCAACCACAGCAAGUUUAGCCGAAUCUAAUUCAGACUUACCAGCUCCUUUUUUCGAUCUCGAUAGCCUCAUCAGUGCUUUCGCCAAGAAAAAUUUCACUGUAGAAGAACUAGUUACUUUAUCAGGUGGUCACUCAAUAGGACUGGUGAGGUGCCGUUUCUUCAGAAAGAGGAUUUAUAACGAGAGCAACAUCGACAAGAGAUUUGCAGAAGAAAAGCAACAAGAGUGUCCCUUGGAAGGUGGUGACGACAACUUAAGUGCUUUCGAUUCGACCAGUUCAUUCAGAUUUGACAAUGCGUUUUACAAGAACUUGUUGCAGCAAAAGGGUGUGGUCCACUCCGAUCAACAGCUCUUGAACGACGUGAAUGGAACUGAUAGCCCGACAAAGGAUCAAGUAGUUAGUUAUGCGAGAAACAUGGGAAAAUUCAAGAAGGAUUUCGCAGCUGCAAUGUUGAAGAUGAGCAUGAUGACCCCACUUACUGGUUCAGACGGUGAGAUCAGGCAAAACUGCAGCCGAGUGAAUCCUCCUUCAACCUGACCAACUUCAUCUUCAAUUAUAUCUAUUCAAUCAAAUAAAGCCUUCUUCUUUCGUCUCUUUCUCACCUUCAACUGUAAUCUAAUGCAUCUUCUUAACACUUCAUUUUCCUAUCAUUUUUAUCAUACUUGCAAAGUUACUAUUAUAUUUGUAAUUUAUAUCGUUCUAUGAUAAACUCAUGUAAUAUUCAUAAUGUAAAAUCACGUUUCCUACUAGUCAUCAUGGAAAUUAAA